CAGGACAUUGGCUGCAAGUUGGCGCCCAACCGCCACGACAACAACAACAACAACAACACCACAAGCCCAUUCACAUCAGUAAUUCAACAAUACCUCAAGAGUAUCUCAUACAAGCCCUGGCACAAUCUCAACGUCGCCUAGAUAUGGAGGACCCAACAGAUUUGGGCCUGGGUUACCCGGAUCCCAAGAACGGACACGAUCACCCCCCGCGCCCGCACCUCUGCUCAGCAUGCAGCCAGAUCGACUUCAAAGCUCUUUUCGCCAGUCACGAACGUCCUUAUAUCGAUAAUAUCUCACACAUAGAGAGAUGCAAGUGUUACCAGAUAUUCUAUGCCCGCCAAAAGCAUGGCUGGCCUGGCCCCAAGUCGACAAAUGGAUCCGACCCACCGUGUUGCUUCUGCAAAUUCUACAACGAGUGCCAAAUUCGAUCCAGAGACAUCGCCCCAAGAAGCGAGAAUGUAUUCCGCCCCAAUUCUCCAUACGAACUUAUCUUGGAGAAUUUCCAUUCCUUAGCUGGCUUCCCGAUCAAGCAUCGAGGGUGUGAGGACGGAAAUUGCAUCCAGCAUUCUGUGCAAGACGUUUGUGCACUGCAAUUUGUGGUUAGACGCAUGAGACCUAUAGAGUGGUGGGGGUACGAUGACAGAAUAUUUCAUGCUGCAGACAAUGCAAUUCUGCGGGUGGUUGAUGGUCCAAAGUUUCCAGGAUUGACCAGGAAAAGAGCCGCUGGGGGCGGGUUACUUGCUAGAAGGAUCAUUCCCCAUCAAGUCAACUACAACGUCAUUGGGGAGUGGUUGAGCCUUUGUCACUCGGAUCAUAUUCAUUGCGAUGGCGAUGGUGAUGAUGCCGAUGUUGUCACGAUCCCGGGGUUUCAGGUCAUUGAUUGCACGACAACCAAGAUCGUGUCCGCUGUUGACCUUCUGGCCGGUGGUGGAGAGCCAGGCCGGGUUGAAUAUGUCACGCUCAGUUAUGUCUGGGGUCAGGCUGGCGAGGCUGGAUCCCAUGGGCCGGUCUUACGGGAAGAUGCGGUCACUUUACCAGACGACUUACCCCUGGUCAUCAGCGAUACAGUUGAGGUCGUCAAGAGGCUAGGAUACAGAUACCUGUGGAUCGACCGGUAUUGUAUUCCCCAAAAUGACUCACCAGUCAAACACCUCCAGAUCCGGAAGAUGGACAGGAUAUACUCCUGUUCUGUCUUGACCAUAAUUGCGGCAGCCGGAGACGGGCCAGAGUACGGACUUCCGGGCGUUAGCUCACGCCAUCGUACAGAACAACUCAGUGUGCAAGUGACCGAAGAAAUAUCCCUGGUUUUUUACGGAAAGCCCAGAGCUUUGGUUGCUGCAUCAAAGUGGAAUACGCGUGGUUGGACCUACCAAGAGGGGCUAUUGUCGAAGCGCCGACUUGUCUUUACAGACGAAUUGACCUACUUCCAAUGCUAUGAGAUGCAUGGCGAUGAAGUUCUAUCGCUACCUCUUCCUCGUAGGUUCAGUCCUUCUUGCGAAUAUGAUGAGAAUGAUCAAUAUGAUGAUUCUGAACAUAUUUCAUUCGAGGACUACGAAACAGACUUUCGCUGUAUUUUCCCACGGCGAAUUGCCGUUUGGUCAAAUCCCAGGACAGCCUGGAAUAUAAUCGAGCAGUUUGCGCAAAGGCAGCUUGCCUUUGACGAAGAUACUUUGGAUGCCAUUGCUGGCGUUUUUGGAAGGUACUUGAGCUUCAAUACCUCGAAAACAACAGAGGACAGGAUUUCAUUCUUGUGCGGCCUACCUGUUAUUCCUUUUGCGCGAGGAGGUCAAAAUAACGGUCGUCCUUCCACAAUGCCAACCGCUUCAAUGCAAGAAUUUUGGGCGGGAGGUCCUCGGUUGCGUGGUGCAGAGUCCCCAGUUGACGAGCUUACAUGUCGAUUGGUGCAUAGUCUCCUAUGGUUUGACGUUUGGGAGUCGUUAGAGUUCGGAACCAUGGGCAUGCCCACAGAUCGGGAAAGACAUCUCCGAAGGCCAGGAUUUCCAAGUUGGACAUGGGCUGGUUGGAAGGGCUGCACGAUAGAACUUGGAAAGGGGUAUAACAAACCUAGAGUCUUCGACUGCUGCACCACAGUGCACGUAGAAUAUGAAGACGAAGCAGGUCUUUUACAGAGGCUCGACUGGGUGAAAGACAACGAAAAGAUCCACAAUCUGUCACAUCAAGAGAACAAGUUCCCGCCGUACUUGUUGAUCAAAGGAACAGUCAUGGAUAUGAAGAUGAAGUGGCACGUAUCUGGGAACAGCUACCGGAAACUGGGAGGAUACUGGAUUGUUACAUCACCCCCCUUCUUGAAAGGGGAGACAUUCGAUGCUCCCCAAUGUCUUUUUGAGGACACCGAACCAAAAGGCGGAGAUGACGGGGCCUCCACUUACCUCACGCGCAAAGAAGAAGUCAAUGUUCAUGGUAUGAUAAUGACAUCAGAAAUUGGGAUAGAUACGUACGAAAUCUUCGUUAUGAUGUUGAGGCCAGUGACAAGGCUUUUGAAUGGACAACCAGAAACGAUGUAUGAACGAGCACACCUACAACACUUCUCCGUCCGCCACGAUUACGAUAGGCCAUCGCCGGGUAUCUUUAGGGAGUCUAUUGUGCGACUAUGCUGAGAAAAGGGGUCAUCUCGGGACUCGGCCGAAGUGAAUUCAAUGACGGGGGAAAUGCUAAAUUGAUUGCUCGGAAGGUCAUGGAGGAAUGAGCCGCCAGCCCAGGUCUAGAUACCUUCUACUACUAGAGCAAGAAAUCGGUGUGGAAUGCGCCUUUCACCCGUCUCUGGACACCACCAACUUGCCGCUGAAUUCACUGUACUCGUGGCCUCCCGCCGGCGCUGACUUCAUGACGGGCUUGGCCAAUUCAACCUUUCCUCUCCCCAAGUUGUCUUCAAAUAUGUUGGGCCCACUAAAUUGUAGUACUUCGUGCCUCCUUGUCAUUUAUUUAUAUGUCUAG